UCUCAUAUGGUCGACGAGCAAGAAAUGCGAGACGCUGUUGAUACAAGUUGAGUGACGUAAUAAGUGUAAUAUAUAAUUAUUUAUUUCAUAGUUGUCACAGUUUUUGACUGCAGAUUGCCGACAGAACGAUGGGUGGAGGAGAUUUGAACCUAAAGAAGUCAUGGCAUCCAUCAACAAUGAGGAAUAUGGAGAAAGUGUGGAAGGCGGAGCAGAAAUAUGAUCAAGAAAAGAAAAGAAUAGCUGAACUGCAACGUGAAAUCAGAGAAGAGAGAGCAAGAGAAGAUAUUCAGAAAUAUGCUGAAGAGAAAGGUGUUGUAGAGAAAAAGGAUAAUAUGAAACUGGACUGGAUGUAUAAAGGACCAGGUGGUAUGGUAGACAGAGAAGAAUAUCUUCUGGGUCGUCCUAUUGACAAAUCCUUUGAGCAGAUGCAACACACAGAAAAGGCAUCUGCGUCAUCAAAGAACGUUGUUGAGCUAGAUUGUCUCCCAAGUUCUGUGUUCUCUGGUCGCAGUGAACAAGUGGAUCUGGCAAGAAAAUUACAGGAGGAUCCAUUGUAUAUCAUAAAGAAGAAAGAAAUUGAGAGUCGGAGUCAGAUUUUGAGGAAUCCAGUAAAAUUGAAACAGCUGCAAGAAUUGAUUAAAGAAGAGAAGUCCAAAAAGACAAAAAAACAUAAAAAAGAUAAACGAAAAAAGAGUGAAAAAAAGAAAAAUAGGCAUGACAGUGAUUAUUCACAUAAAGAUGGUGGAAAAGACCUUGAUGCCCUUUUGGCAGCCAAAUACAUCAAACUCAAAGAAAAGCUUCAUAAGAAAAAUAUAGCAAAGCUUAGAAAGAAUAUGAGCAGUACUUCAGAUGCUGAUGCCAGUAACAGAAACAAAGCAAAUGAAUCAGAUUCAAGUGAGGGCAGGAAUGACUGCAAACCAGCCAGAGGGUAUGGUUUACAGAGAACAGAUGGAUCUAGAAAUCAUUCUUAUAUAACGAAACAUCAGCCUAUCCUAGAAACUCAAAAGAGGCGAGAUUCGUCGCAGUCACAGUCCUCACCAGCCAAGAAGGUAUGGGUUAAACCUGAGAGGAAGAAGCUCAGUGAGAAGGAAAAAGAACAAAAGAGACAAGAAAUGAUGAACAAUGCAAAAUGGAGAGAGAAAGAGAGGGAGAAGAACGUAGCCAUUUAUAAGGCUGAAGAUGAAAAAGAGAAGAAUCAAAUCAAAGAAUACAAUGGAGACUUUCUCAGGAAACAACUCUCUUAUGCCGCAUCUCAGGGCUCUGUUGAAAGUCGAAUAAAGGCCAAUAUAAACCACAUUCAACGUUCUGGAAGAGAAAUGAAUAAAAACUUUGCUCGGAGAUGAUAUACUUCGCAGGCCCAGCUGUAUACACUCAUCCAACUGUAGUCAGCCUUGAACAAUCAUCUUUUAUAGAAGGUGUAAAUAAAGUAAUUAAUAUCUUCAGUCAGUUAUAUGUACACUGUAUGAAAUGUAUUUAAUUUGUAUGUUAUAAAUGGGUUUUAUAAGA